AUGCAUCGCACAGCUUUACAACGAUUGUGCACAUUCAAAAACGUACACAGAGGGCUUAAGAGUGACAUAAGACUUAUGGAAACCAACAUAUCGAGAUUGCAGCAACGCUACGUGAGACCGGCUCCAACGUGGGACUCUAAUGAACUAUGUCAGCUGUUAUCAGAUUCAGACGGCUGGGACGACGAUGUGGUGAAAGAAGAGAAAAAAAUUGAGACUCGUUACGGUAAAACGCCUAAGCGAAUACGAGAAGACGAGGAGGACGACGAUGUGCAAAUUGUGGCGAUUAAAACGGAGAACAAGCGACAGCUGGACCAGUUUUUACAACGAGUUUCGUCAAGAUCAGCAACAGCAACAGCAACAGCAACAACGAUUGAUUCUAUGCCACUACGUUCGAAAACGAUGGGUCCAGUAUUUUCCGCACUGCAAACACCGGUAAGCCGUGAAAGAAGUGCCCAACCAGGUGUAAGAAGCUUCACGACAAGCGCUGUAACCCAGACCAGAAGUACCCACAAAAACAACCUUGCAUCGUAUUCUAAAGAUCUUCAAGAUUUGCCUCUGAUACCACCAAAAUUGCGUCGUUCGCCGUCGUUUGAAGACCCAGAGUGUUCGUCGCCUCCCGUCACUACUGAUGACGACGCUGACAGGAUUGAACCACAACAAAAAAGAAGUUCAAAACGGUCCAAAAAUCAUGAAUUGGUGUUCCUUACGCAAAAAGAGGAGCGAGAGGGCUCUGAGGAAGUGGCUUCUAGAGCAAAUAGCAACAUCACCAAAAAACUUGUGCAAGGUCUAGUGUUGAGUGAAGAACAAGAAUAUGUCAUAGAGCUUGCGAAGAAGGGACACAAUCUUUUUUACACCGGCAGUGCAGGGACAGGAAAAUCAGUGCUUUUACGGGUCCUAAUCAAGACUCUGAGGAGGAAAUAUGGAAAUGAAAAUGUUGCUGUCACCGCAUCCACAGGACUAGCUGCUUGUAAUAUUGGGGGCAUUACUGUACAUUCUUUUGCCGGGAUUGGUUUGGGACAGGGGGACAAAAAGGCUCUGCUUAAGAAGGUGAAAAGAUCUAAAAAGCACUGCGCCCGCUGGUCAGAGAUACAUGCUUUAGUUAUUGACGAAGUGUCUAUGAUUGACGGCGACCUUUUAGACAACUUGGACUUUAUUGCCAAAUCGCUGCGUAAAAGCUGGGCACCAUUUGGCGGCAUACAGAUCAUUUUGUCCGGUGAUUUUUUUCAACUACCUCCUGUUAACAAGAACAACAAUAGUGCCACAAAAUUUGCCUUCCAUGCCGGCGCGUGGAAAGAGGCCAUUGAAUCAACGAUCAUGCUACAAAAGGUCUUCAGACAACAAGGUGAUGCGGAGUUUGUGAGAAUGCUAAAUGAGAUGAGAAUGGGCAACAUUUCCACGGAAACAGAAGCGGAUUUCAAAAAACUAAGUCGAUCACUGCCAGAGGAUGAUAUCAUACCUGCCGAGCUUUACAGCACUCGAAAUGAAGUUGACAGGGCAAAUAUGUCCCGUCUCAAUAGCCUUCCGGGUAGAUGCCACACUUACAAUGCCAUUGACGGCGGUAUCAUGAAAGAUGAACUUCAAAAGCAGAAACUGUUGUCCAAUUUUUUGGCGCCUAAGGAACUCAAACUCAAGAUAGGAGCGCAGGUAAUGAUGAUCAAAAACAUGGACGAGACUUUAGUAAACGGUUCGCUGGGAAAGAUUAUUGACUUUAUAGACCAGACGACCUACAUGUUUUAUGACACUGUGAAGAAAAACCCCGAGAUAGAAACCUCCCGGCUUGAAUCAAUGAUUGAAGGAAAGAUACCAGUCAAUGACAACAGCGAUGAAGACGACAACAAUCAGAAAGUUAUAAGGAGGAAAAGUGACAAAGACUCUUUUUGCAGAGUAGGAAGCCAACUACCUCAUGAUAAAUUAGACGAAAGCAUUUUCGAUUUCUUAAUGACUGACACUGAUAAUCUUACCGUCAGUCAAAAACGUAACAUUGAGAGGAAGAAAGAACUACUAGAGGCGAUUAAAGAAAGCUCGGGCGGGCGCAAACUCCCUUUCGUAAGGUUUCUUACCCCGGAUGGUUCUUCGCGACUGGUCCUAGUACAGCCUGAAGACUGGGCGGUCGAAGACGAGCAUCAAAAACCCCUCGUCAGCAGAAUACAGCUGCCUUUGAUGCUCGCUUGGGCGCUAUCGAUCCACAAAUCCCAAGGACAGACACUUCCGAAAGUCAAGGUAGAUUUGAGACGAAUUUUUGAGAAAGGGCAAGCCUAUGUGGCACUAUCGCGUGCUACAUGUAGAGAAGGGCUGCAGGUACUCAACUUCAACAAAUCCAAAGUGCAAGCUCAUGAAAGUGUCAUAGAGUUUUAUCGCACGCUCACUUCGGCCCAAGAGGCAAGAAAACGGGUUGUUGAUAGUACUGUAAGAAAGCAGAGUGGCUCUCACGCACCGGCAACUACAACAAAAAUGAUACACAAACAACACGAGGUGCGGCAGGACCGUAUCACCUCGAUGCUUCAGCGCAAAAACAAAAAGAACCUACAUGACUUGGAUCCCGAAAUACUAGAUGCGGUAGCAGAUGAAUAUAUAGACGUUGAUGCAGGCAGCUGA